UCUUCCUCCCUCGCCUCUCUCCCCCGCCUCGGUUCUGAGGAAUGUGGGGCUUAUGUCAGUGAGAGUCAGGUACCGACUCACUAAUUACCACAGCCCUUCCUCCCUCCCUACCUUCACCCUCCUUCGCUCUCUCUCCUUCUAGCUCUCUCCUUCAACUCUACCACCUUCUACGCUCUCUCCUCCACUUUGAGACCUUGCGCUCCCCCCAUCCCUCCUCUUGUCUCCUGCUGUUGCGUCUACGAGCCUCUGUCGUGGCAAAGGAGAGGACAAGCUGAGAGGAUCUGAGUCAGAAUCCAAAAAAACACCAAAAGAAGAACAGAAACUCUGACUUGUCCUCUCUCUCGGUGUCUCUGUGUGUGAGUGUGUGCAUUGUGUUUGUCAGACGUGUCUGAGAUCUCCUCUCUGAUUGUGCUUUGGGGGAACCUGUCAUUGAAGAAAGGAGGCACCUUGACAGCCGGAGAGAACCUGACAGACGAGUGCCAGGAAGGAGAGGAGGAAGGAGGAAGGGAAGAUGAGAAAGUGAUCAGCCGGAUUGUUGCUUUUUGAAACGGUGGCAGAAGAACCGACAGCGACUACACAUCCCAUCAUCCCACAGGCCCCAGAUCUGAUUGGAUGGUUAUGCCAGAAUGACAGCCGAAGAUUCUGCUUCUUCCUCAACCAUGAGCAAUAACGCUGCCCCCUCCAACUCCAAACCCUCCAAACCAUACUCUGGUGCCUCCCACCACUCUCUCGACGGACAGAUUAAUACCCCUGAGGGUGUUCUCGGUGCUCCCAUUGAACCUGCACUCAAGGCCCUGAUGGAGCGCACCGGCUACAGUAUGGCCCAGGAAAAUGGUCAACGUAAAUAUGGUCCUCCUCCUGGCUGGAAUGGUCCAUCGCCUCCUCGAGGAUGUGAAAUCUUUGUGGGCAAAAUCCCGCGAGAUGUGUAUGAGGAUGAGCUGGUCCCAGUGUUUGAGUCUGUGGGACGCAUCUAUGAGAUGCGGCUGAUGAUGGACUUUGAUGGGAAGAACCGAGGGUACGCAUUUGUGAUGUACACAGAGAAACAUGAGGCUAAACGUGCAGUGCGGGAGCUCAACAACUAUGAGGUGCGGCCUGGGCGGCUACUGGGGGUCUGUUCCUCCGUGGACAACUGCCGUCUUUUCAUUGGUGGCAUUCCCAAGACCAAAAAGCGGGAGGAGAUUCUGGAGGAGGUUUCUAAAGUGACAGAAGGUGUGCUAGAUGUCAUAGUUUAUGCCAGUGCUGCAGACAAGAUGAAGAACCGUGGCUUUGCCUUUGUAGAGUAUGAGUCACACCGUGCAGCUGCCAUGGCUCGCAGGAAGCUGAUGCCUGGACGUAUUCAGCUGUGGGGUCACCAGAUUGCAGUGGACUGGGCUGAACCUGAGAUUGAUGUGGAUGAAGACGUGAUGGAGACAGUGAAGAUCCUCUAUGUCAGGAAUCUAAUGAUGGAGACCAGUGAGGAGACAAUCAGACAGGUGUUCAGCCAGUGGAACCCUGGAUGUGUUGAACGUGUGAAGAAAAUCCGUGACUACGCCUUUGUCCACUUUACCUCCCGAGACGAUGCUGUCUUGGCCAUGGACCACCUCAAUGGCACAGAGGUGGAGGGGUCCUGCAUCGAGGUGACACUCGCUAAGCCAGUUGAUAAAGAGCAAUACUCACGUCAGAAGGCCUCCAAGGGGGGGGUGCCUGUCACUCCAGAGGCUACUCAGCAGAACUACGUAUACCAGUGUGAUCCCUACACUUUGGCUUACUAUGGUUAUCCCUACAACACCCUCAUCGGACCCAACAGGGACUACUUCGUCAAAGGAUCCCCAAUGAUACAGAACAAUGGUACUGUGCGAGGUCGUGGUCGUGCUGCUGCAUGUAACCGUACCCCUGGACCACGGGGGUCGUACCUGGGGGGUUACUCUGCCGGUCGUGGCAUCUACAGCCGCUACCAUGAGGGCAAGACCAAGCAGCCCGAAAAGCCCUAUGAGCUGAUGCCCAGUCUGGAGCUUGCUGCCUCCGUCAACCCAGUUGGCAUCAAACCUGGCACAAUGGCCUUGCAGACUCUGGGUGGACAGUACCCAAUGUUCAGUGCGGCUCCUGCAGCCAAACUGAUGGAGGAAGGGAAGGUGCACACGGUGGAGCACCUGAUCAAUCCUCUGGCCAUGCAACACCCUGAACACACCACCGCUAAUGCUGCUGCUGCUGCCACCGUCCUACCUUCAGUCUCUACCCCUCCACCGUUCCAGGGCCGUCCAAUCACGCCCGUCUAUGCUAUGGCCCACAACGUACAGCGCAUCCCCACUGCUGGCCUGUAUGGAGCUGGAUACGUCCCCAUCACAAACUACGCUGCCAACACAGCAGCUCUGGCCGCGCUGCAGAAGAAUGCAGCUGUGGCAGCUGCAGCAUACGGAGGCUACACUGGCUACGCUGUGCCACAGGCCUUCCCCGCCACGGCCUUCCAGCUGCCCAUCCACGAUGUCUACCAGACAUAUUGAUUCCGAGGGCUCAGACUCUUAUCCUGCCUGUGACUGAGCGACCACAGCAACAUCUCGGACACAUCUGUCCCAUCGUACAGAAACAUCUCAUGAACUUGUGAACCUCUAAAGGAACGAGGUUGGAAACAAACGUUCAGAACACAGACAGUGAAAAAAUGACAAUCUGACAUCUCAUAUCUUUCUCACCUACUGGCCUCAGCAUAUCCUGGACACAGCAGCCACAUGACAACAUCAUGACAACAUCAUGACAACAUCAUGACAACAUCAUGACAACAUCAUUAAACAUCUUUUUUCUACUGAAUAUUAAAACACAUAUAAAAGACAGUCUACUCCCUGGGGAGAUCCACCAGUGUGUGCUGACAGUCGUCCCCAACAAUAAACAGCAUUCACAAAAACAACACAUAUACACAACUCUUUUUCUCUCUGACCCAACUCGGGAGAAAACUGAAGGUACAUCCAAGUAUUUAUGAAGAGAAUAUAUAUACUUAAGGUUUUAUUCUCUUCAGGUCUCUCUCUCUUUUAUUUUAGGGGGAAGUAUGUUUUCUGAAGCAGGAAAGAUCGAGCUUUAAACAAUGUUUAAAACUAAUUAAAAAGUGUAAAGUUGGGGGAGAAAGACAAAUUAAUUAAAAAAGUAAUAGUACAACAGGAACUACUGACAAAUGAGGAUAUCACUGAAGACAGCUGUCUUGAAUAUACUAAUGUUUUUUUCAUUUUUUUCAUUAAUAUAUAGUACUCUAGCCAAUUCUACAUGCUGUUGGUGAUGCUUUCCGUCCAUGGUGGUUGAAUGUGUAUGCUUCAAACACGUCUGUUUGGUACUUUUUGGUUUUAUUCAGUUUCAUUUGUGUUUCUGGUUGUUUUGAAUGAAGGUUCAAAGUAUUGUAUUGUUUUUUUCGCCUAUAAUUAGUUUGCUUGUUUUUAUGUCUGCUUAAACCUCUGGAAACAUAGAGUAUAUCUUGAUUAGUUUGAAGAGAGGUAACCUGCUUACUAAUGUUGUUGUGACAGAUUCCCUGGGGAACUAAUGAUAGAGAAAGAAAACUGGAAAAACUUUAUCUAUAGGUGACACUGCUCUGGCAGGGAACGAAGACUGAACCGAUAUUAGUUGUUGUUUUUUCUCACUUGUGUAUGUUUUUAUUGUUGUUUUUUAAAUGUUUGACUCUUGAAAGGUGAACAAAUAUUGACAGAAAUGAGAGACAUUUUUUCUAUAUGUUUUCUCUAUAUACUGGAGCACUCUCUCUGUCUCUCUGUCUCUCUGUCUCUCUGUCUCACUCUGUCUCUUACAGUGCUCCUCCAUUUGCCAAUGCAAACCAAAAAAAAACCCAUAUAGCUCCAUACACUCCAGUGCCUUACAGCUAUAUGCAUUUGCUACUCUAUGCUUUCCACAACACCUUUCAAAACAAAGACUUCCAUCUGUGCAUAGCACUGGAAUCUUCAGAUGUGUGGUAUCACUGUGUUCUGGUGAGACGAGUAAAUUUCAAUCGCUGCAGUCCACUGUCCUCUCUGAAUGAUCCUGCAGUAACACUCCACAUAUUUCUCUCUCUCAUUAUUUCUCGUCCUCCAAACUGUGCUUGACCAAGGUGCACUUAAAAUGUAUUUAUGAAAUGCAAGACAUUGCCUCUUUCAGAUGAAGAGAUAUUGAAAUACUGAGCAUGGAUUUGUGUGUGUAAACUGGACUAGUUGGCGUUUUUCAACUUGUAUGUUUCUUGACAGUUUUUCUUUGCAGGUAAAAGCAUAAAACAUAAGAUAACCCUGUUGAAUGUUGGGUGGGCACUUCUAAAACUCUACGGUGUGGUGGAAACAAGUGCAAUGUAAAUUGAACUGGGAGUAACUGGACUCAUACCUCAUGAUGAAAUACAGAAGCUAUGCAUGUGUUGUAUGUUCUAUGACAGACAAACAUAGCUGUUGCAAGCAGCUGCUCAUCCUGAAUUCACACUCAGCAGCCAUCCCUGUUUUUUAUAGAAGAACACGCAAAGCGUUUUUGUGCUGGCUUGUAUUUUUUAAACCAGUUCUAGUAGUUUUUAAUGUUUCCAUCCAUUUUUACUCAUCUGCUGCGUUUGAGGGGAGUUCAUUUGCUAAUUUUCCAUCAGCUCAUCAGAUUUUUUUAUAUUACUUUAUAUAUUAAGUAAUAUGCUGACUUGGACUUUGGUGACUCUGGAUUUUGAAGUUUUGAAGGAGAUCAUGACGAAGUUAUUGAUCCAAAAAAAAGUGUAACUAAAGUGCAAAGAAAAAACACGUUUGUUUUAUCUCUUCUUCACUUUGCUUCUCUCCAUCUCUGAAACUGGAUUUCACUUCGAAAGCAAACUGCUGUCAACUGCUUUCAUUAUUUUUUCUUGUAUGAUGACAUUAAGUCAGGAUAUAUUUAAUAUAUGCAUUAUGUGUGUGUUGUGAAUGAAGUGAGAAGAAAAGGUAUAAUAUAUUCAAAAACAGGUUUCUUUUCUUUAUUUACACUUUGUUUAGGGACAAAAAAGUCAGAGUAACAAAAGUAGAAAAAAAGUCUUUUUUGCCAAAGUGUCCAAUAGUUUUUAAACAUUCAAGGAUAAUGUGUUUUUGUUAUGUGUAAUAUUAUGUUUGAACCAGAUGUUGGUGUUAUGAGUGGGAACACUGAUUCUUUCGUGUGGCUUCUUAUCAGUAAACAACAAGACUAAAACUGUCCGAGUGAAGCAUGCCGACUUGCUGGUACUUUGAGCUGUCACUGUUGCAACUACGCUCAACAGUUUUAGCUCUGCGACCAAAAGUCUAGGACACUUGUGUUUUCCUGGUUUGGCCUCCCACUCAGAACAACUACCUUUACUCUUUGUUGCCUGCAUUUCACCCACACUGCUGCAGCGGGAUAAACUCCUGCUGCUCUUUGUGUCAGUGGUGUGGAGCUGCAUGUGCCUAGUUUAACAUAGGUAUUACCAUUUUAACUCUUUUUAGUGUGUGCCUUAUUGCCAAUGUGUGCCCUUUGCCAUUCCUUUGUAGACCUUUGCAGACUCUUUUCUAUCUGAAGGUUUGUUUUAAAAAAAAAAGCUUGUUCGCCAUUGUUAUAUUUAUAGUGAUAGUAGUUAAAUAAAGCAUUUUCAAAAGGA